GCCAAAUCGGGUGGGAGCUGGGCUACAGCGGUGCGCAGGCGCCAAGGCUACAUCCGGCCUGGUCGUUAUUUUCGCCAGGAGUUUGGGGAUCGCAGGCCGCAGGACCGAUUGUGUAGUCAUGUCGGCGUCGGUAGUGUCGGUCAUCUCGCGGUUCUUGGAAGAGUACUUGAGCUCCACUCCUCAGCGUCUGAAGUUGCUUGACGCGUACCUCCUGUACAUACUGCUGACCGGGGCGCUGCAAUUCGGUUAUUGUCUCCUCGUGGGGACCUUCCCCUUCAACUCUUUUCUCUCGGGCUUCAUCUCUUGUGUGGGGAGCUUCAUCCUAGCGGUUUGCCUCAGGAUACAGAUCAACCCACAGAACAAAGCGGAUUUCCAAGGCAUCUCCCCAGAGCGAGCCUUUGCUGAUUUUCUCUUUGCCAGCACCAUCCUGCACCUUGUUGUAAUGAACUUCGUUGGCUGAAUUAUUCCCAUUUAUUUAAUUGGGGAGUAGGAAACUAGAAGAUGUUCACUUUUUGAUUCCUUCUGGAUGAGAGCCUUUGAGAUGGCAACUUGGACACUUGGAUUUUCUUCAGAUUUAUAGUUACCGAUUCUGAUUUGGAAUGUAGGUGGAGAGCCCAGAGAAGCUCCCUUGUUUCUGUGUUAGAGCAGCUUUGUAAUGAGCAUUUAUUACUGUGACCUCUGCUCCCAUUAAGUGUAACCUCUUUGCCUUCCAAAUUAAAAUACUCCAUGACACUCC